AUGUUAGAUGAAUCAUCACGAUUACGACAAACAUUUGAUGAUGCACAUGAAAAUUUGCUCGAAAAAUCUAUCUCAUUGUUAGAGUCUAGAAAUGAUAAUAACAAGUUAGUAUAUCAAUUAAUGCAAGGACAAAAACAACAAAAUUAUAAUUCAUCAGCAAACGGUGAUUUAUUUCAUGAAUCAUCAAAAGAAAUUGAAAAUCGAGAAUAUAAUACAUCCGAUAUAUCAGAUCCACGUUUCUCUUAUGCUAAUCCAUAUAGCAGUUAUGCAAAUGCGAUGUUAUCACCAUUAAUGGAAAUGCAAACAUUAUCAUCAAAAAUACAUUCUGAAAGUAGAAUGGAGGAAGAGGAUGAAUUUAAUGAAACAAUUGAAGCUAUGAAAUAUGUGAAAGAUCAUCAGAACAGGAUGAAUAAAAAUGAAGAAAUUAGCCAUGAAAAAGGUAAAUUUGGGAAAUUAAACUUAAUGCACGAUGAAAUUAUUCAAGAAUUGAAGCCAAAUGAUGCAACUAUCAUUGUUCAUCCGGAAAUACAUAUUCCGGCAGCAAUAAUAUCUGAUACUAAUAAGGAGCAGAAAAAGGAAAUCAAUGAAAUGAAUGAAAAUUUACCAAUGAGUAAAAUUAAUCCACAAAUUAAAUUGGGUAAAGUAGAAGCACGAGUGUUUCUUCGUGAUGCAAAACCAAAAAUGUAUCAUUCGGAAGCACAACAACGACCACAGAUAUCAAGUGAUACAGAAUCUCGAAUGAUUGUUACUGAUGAAGAUUCAAGAUUGUAUUAUACUGAUUCAGAAUGUAUUACAUCUCAUAACAAACAUCAUUUUCAAAGGCAUAAAAAACCAAUCCAUUAUGCAAUACCAUAUUAUGCACGAGUACCAAAUACUCAGGAAACUACUCAAACUGAUACUUUAGUGCAGCAAUUUUUGAUGCGUGUUAAUAUUAGCGAAGAUCGUUCAUGUGUUAUUCCGGAUCGUUUACAACCUCAUCAACCAUCAUUUUCAUCAUCAUCAUCAACAUCACCAACAUUCAAACAUCCUAUAAAUGAAAGAAAAUCAACGAUGAAUGAAAUUCAACAUACCGUAAAUCAACAACAAUUAUCACCUGAUGAAACUAAUCGAAUUAAUUGUAAACAUACUCUUGUAUAG